GGGGCGGGGCGGGGACUCGGUGGAGCCUGGCAACCCGCCACUCGCGUGCUCUCGGCGGCGACGUCGGGGCGGCUGUGCCCGGGCACCUGCUGUGCGCGCACGAGUGCCCCCGCCACGCGAGUGGGCACGACCCUCAGCUCGCCGACCCCGGAAGUGGGCUCGCGCCCGCGGUCUGUCGCCACGGUGGCGGCCACUGCAUCGCGUCCCACUACCUCCGCGGCCCUGGGCGCCGUGGUGUCGGCGGGCCCCGAGCCCAUGACCGGCCAGGGACAGUCGGCGUCCCCAUCGUCGCCGUGGAGCACGGUCUUCUACCACGUCCGCUACGAGAACUUGGUGGCGGGCGUGAGCGGCGGGGUCUUGUCGAACCUGGUGCUGCACCCGCUGGACCUCGUGAAGAUCCGCUUCGCGGUGAGUGAUGGACUGGAACUGAGACCAAAAUAUAAAGGCAUUUUACAUUGCUUGACUACCAUUUGGAAGCUUGAUGGACUACGGGGACUGUAUCAAGGAGUAACCCCAAAUGUGUGGGGUGCAGGUUUAUCCUGGGGACUCUACUUUUUCUUUUACAAUGCCAUCAAGUCCUAUAAGACAGAAGGAAGAGCUGAACGGUUACAGGCGACAGAAUACCUGGUCUCAGCUGCUGAAGCCGGAGCCAUGACCCUUUGCAUUACAAAUCCAUUAUGGGUGACAAAAACUCGCCUCAUGUUACAGUAUAAUGGAGUUGUAAGUUCCUCACAGCGGCAAUAUAAAGGAAUGUUUGAUGCACUUAUGAAAAUAUAUAAGUAUGAAGGUGUGCGUGGAUUAUAUAAGGGAUUUGUUCCUGGGCUAUUUGGGACAUCUCAUGGUGCACUUCAGUUUAUGGCCUAUGAAUUACUGAAAUUGAAGUACAACCAACACCUCAAUAGAAUGCCUGAAGCCCACCUGAGUACAAUGGAAUAUAUAUCUGUUGCAGCAUUAUCUAAAAUAUUUGCUGUAGCAGCAACAUACCCAUACCAAGUUGUGAGAGCUCGUCUUCAGGAUCAACAUAUGAUUUACCAAGGUGUGACUGAUGUGAUUGCGAGGACUUGGAGGAAGGAAGGCAUCGGUGGAUUUUACAAAGGAAUUGCUCCCAAUUUGAUCAGAGUGACUCCAGCCUGCUGUAUUACCUUUGUGGUGUAUGAAAAUGUCUCACAUUUUUUACUUGACCUUAGAGAAAAGAGGAAGUAACCUGGAAGAAGGUAAUUCCAACAUAUCUGCCCAAGGCAGCAAAAAGCUCCUUGUAUUUGGGAUGUAAAACCCAAAAGAAUGCUGCAUAGCAGCAUGGCUCAUAAACAAAAUGGAUCUGUAACCGUUAGAAGUCAAAGAAGUGAAUCUCCACAAUAUUUCUCUGAUUUUUUGCCUUCGCUAUUUGAAUGGGACUUGCUAUCUCUGCCUGAAAUGACCACCAUCAAUACAAAGUUAAAACGGAUACCAAGUGUAGAGUUUGAUAAAUGGAUUAGUAAAAUGUGCUGCUUUUUCUGAACUCAUUUGCCUGGAUUGGCUUUAAAACUGACUGUUGUGCAAUAGCAAGAAAAUGACUUCUAGUAAGUCAUACAUAUCUCAAGGGAAAAUUAAAUUUUAAGGAUUUACUUUACAAGGGGUGGACCAAAUCUAGACCUUUCAGAAUUGGGAAGUGUUAGGAUAAAAUUCUUUGCAACUGUGCUUUAAUUUUAAUUCAGUUGGAACAUACUAGCUACAUAUAUUUUAGAAGUUAAAUACUUCUCUGAGAAAUAUCUGAGAGCUGUUGUCAUUUCAUAGCUGUUUUUUCCUCCCAGAGACUUUCAUAAUUUAAACUGUAAUCCUGGAUCCAGUUCUCUUUUUGAUAGAUGGUUUAGUAUCUUUAAACUUAGAAAAUUUAAACUUCUAGGACACAGCUUCAUCAGCUAAUAUUAGCAUAUGUUACUAAAUAAUUUAAUGGCGAUGCUCAAUAAAUCAUCUUUUACAGAUGCUGGAAUGUUUGGGAUGUGUUUGUUAGACUGAAUGCAAGUGAGAAAUUUUUCACUUGGUUUUUGGAUACACAGAUCCAGGAUCCCAAAUAAAUGAUUAAUCUACGCUGGUUGUUUAAAAUCAGGUUGAAAUCCACAUUACAUUAAUGAUCAUAAUUGAGUUUUGAUAUGUCUUGUUGAUAUCUACAGAUAUAAAGGCCUGACCUCAAAGAA